AUGGUGAAGGAGAUGGCAAGCAAGCACCAUCCGCAUCUUGUGCGUCUGUUGGGCUAUUGCAUCGACAUCGACCUCUCCACACGACUCAUGGAGCAGAUCCUCGUUUACGAGUUCAUGCCCAACCACGACCUUGAGAGCUGGAUUGGUUCUGGUGUCUCCCAUCCUCUUUCGCUACGUCAAAGGCUUGACGUUCUGAUUGGAGUGGCAAAGGGGUUGCAGUAUCUUCAUGACUUCGGCAUUGUGCAUCGCAACAUCAAACCUGCCAACAUUCUCCUUGAUGCAAAGAUGCAGGCCAAGAUUGCAGACUUUGGGCUUGUGAAGCUUGGUGGGGGCACUGCUAUGGGCACGUCUGUGGCUGCCACUCGAGUGAUGGGAACACCGGGCUAUGUGGACCCUGCGUAUUUCAAGUCUCAUAAGGCCACUCCAGCAGCAGAUGUGCACAGUUUUGGCGUGGUGACGCUGGUGGUUAUCACGGCGCGCAAGGCUGUGCAUGUAACAGAGGAAAACCAGAUCAAUCUCAAACAAUGGGUGGCCCCGUUGGUGGACUCCGGUGCUGUAUUGGCAUUCAAGGACCCUCACUUGGACGCACCAGAUGACUUGGUGCUGCGCUGGGCUCGCCUUGCCCUCUCCUGCACCGCCAUGCCUGCAGCCUCCCGCCCCUCCAUGAAUCAAGUGCUUUGGGAGCUGGUGAAGUUGAAGCAGGAGGCGUCCGGAGCACAUGAGGGUCAUGUGGGCGAGGCCAAAUCUCGCAUUGACAUGGAGCUUGGGAGCUCCAUUGGCUCCUCCAGCUUCACUGCUGAAAUGGCCCGUGCGGAGGGCGAGGGGGGCAUGCCAAGUGGCUCUUCCACGUAA